UGCGACCGCGGAAAAGGAGAAGGAAACCGCCCAGUCGGAAAAGCAAAAACCAGUUUUCUCUUUCUCAAGUCGUCUGGGUCGGCAAAAAAAAGAAAACUCUCCCCGCGCGCGCCUCGCGCGGCCCGCGCCCAAGCCCCAGCCUCCGCGGGCGGUGUACCUGCACCGCAGGAACGGACCUGGACGCGCGGUUGUACUCUGCACAUUAGCGGGGAAAGAGAGAGGCGAAAGAAAUGACGGAAGGGCACAGAUGGCAAAGAAACAGGCGUGUAGAUGUGGAGGACGAGUAGAGAAGCAAAUCGAAAGGGGGAAGACGAACUUCAAACACCUUCGGACUAUCCACAGGCACUCGAAGCUCCUCGACAGGCAGUUGCCGGGCUUUCGCCCUUUCUGGGAACGAAUUUUCCUUCUAAAGAAAGAAAAAAUAGAGCACCGAGUCUGUUCGAGGCGUCGGCCGCAUGUGGAAUUACAGUACGUCGCCCUCCUCGCCUCACAGUGGGCGAAGGCAGGUCGCCGAAAAGGUCUUGCAGACACUUGAGUUCUCGAAAAAGGAAAAAGCCACAGAGGGACGUUUCACAGAUCAGUCCUGCGUAACGGCUUCGGUGGCCGUGAAAACUGGAGAGCCGAGUCCAGACAGAUUCCGAGCAUUCGUGCGGAAUCUGGAUGGACCUCUGUGUUGUCUCCCGCCUAGGCAUGAGUGUGUGCCGACCCUCAUUGCUGCUCGUUCUCAAUCGACAGAUCCGUUCUAAGUUGUUGUCCUCAUCUCUUUCGUUUUCGCUUGCCUAGAACUGUGACUCUCACAAGACUAUUCUAGUCUGCUAUCAGCUCGACCGCCUCCUCCGCGAAGGCGACUCUCCUAGUGGCUGUGCGCCUCCUACGCGUUGUUCUCCUGCGCGGGCUCCGCGCAUUUGGAGCUGAAACAUCGUCACACCUACGUAUCGUCAAGCUACGGUUUCUGUGUUUUUGCAUUUGCGAUGCUGCGUGUCUGAGGAGAGGACCGGCUGUUUCGUUUCGCGCUCGCGGUUCAGUGCUCUUCGCUUUCUCGCGGAAAUGGCAUCCGCAUUCGCGAAAGCUGAGUGAGAGGGGUGUGUGCGUGUCUCAGCCUCAUCCGCGGUCGGCCUCUCGGAGAUACCGCAGCGAGGGAGCGCAUGGGGAAAACGGCAAGCGGACCCAGACAUGCUGCUCUCUGUCGCGCUCGCCAUCCGCGCGAGUCUUUUUGCCUUUCUCCUUCGAUUCUGAAGCAGAGGUUCCACAGUGUUCAGUGGAAAAUUGGACGUCUUGAAGGGAGGCCACUGAGCGACGGACAAGAACGCCUGGGCGCCGUGGGCUACGAGAAGCCGUCAUCCGGUUCUCGGCCUGGGUGUGUUGACUGGCUGGCGCGUUUCUGCCAAGGACGAAUCUAGCAUUUAGCACCUGGAGAUUCGCGUCCGAGGCGAGAGCAGCUGAUUGCCUGUCCGGGGGCUGUGAGGCCGACGGAGAGGCGAAGGAACUCUCGUCCGGCGUCUUGCCUUCGCCGACGCGGCGCCCUCGCCGAUUUUCCCCGGCAUCUUUCUCUCUUCGUGAGUUUCUUUGUCGGGGUCCACUCUCCCUGUGUCUCCCUCGGGACGACUGAUGUAGCCUGCGACAAGGAGAAUUAUGCCGGACUUUUGCACAUUCUCCGUGCUCACAUGUCCCGGCCGCCGUCGCGUCGAGCUCCUGCGACUUUGCCGGCUCCCUCGCGACUUCUCGCGAAAACCUUUCCAGAAAAAGAGUGGAAAAACGCCUGGAGUUCCGCAAAAACCUUUUCCUUGUUCGUCCUCGUCGCGACUCUGUGGAAUUGCACUGCGUGAGGAGCGCAGGAACCCACAGUUUUUCGGCGGCUUGCUUCUCGGCCGAACGCGAUGCAGAAAAGCGGUGUUUCGCGGCGACGAGAGUCCACGGAAAUGAUCUGAAGAAGCUCCAAGCGACCGAAGCUUGUCCCGCGACGUCGAUCCUGCGAAACAUCCGGCGUUUCAUCCGCAGUCUUCCCCUCCGCAUGUCCGUCUGGAUGGCUUGCGUGACCUUGGUGGCGACGAGCUCUCGCAGUCCUCAGAGCCAAGCAGGCGAAAAACGUUCUGAAGCUCUUGAUUGCCUUUCGGUGUCCCGCCAUUCCCCUCUCUCUGUCUGAAACGCAUGCCGCUGUUUCACCGGUUCCCUGUGUUCCGUUGCCUUGCGUUUUCUGCGUUUUUUUCGACCAUCUGGCCAGCUGCACCGAAAAAAAGAACAGCUGUUUCCCGUACCGCGGGCCGCCUCUCCAGUUCCCGGCCUUUUCUUUGCAGAGUUCCUGAGCAAUACCUCCAGCCGCUUCUUUGCUCGCAGGGCCUGCAGACGUGGAUGCGCGUGCAGGUUCGCUGAAUAGUGCAGAAAACUGGCGGGUUUGCCUUGUGAAAACUCCUGGAUUUCGCGCGAGCUCGCUCCGAGUUUCCGGCGUAUGGACAGCGGAGACGGGAAGCGAGAGCGUGGCCGCAGCCUCUCCGAGGUUUUCUCUUCGUUUCUCCUUUUGCAGGAGUUUGCACUCCACUCUGCCGGUUUCAGCACGAUUUACUCUCUCCAAGCGUUCACUGGAACGCGUUUUCCGAAGGGAUUUUUCUGCUCUCUCGUUCACCGCUCGCCAGCUUCGUGUACGUCUCGGGCAACACCGGAAUCACGCUCGGCUGAGAACGCGCUGGUCCCCUCGUUCCCCUCCUUUUUUUAUUGGUUCCACCACAGACUUUCUUCACUCGGCCGCGCUCGAAGUCAGCAAGCAAAUGUGCUCUCUAGCAGUUGGCAAUUCUCUGUCUCGCCUUUCUUCCGCGUCUUCGUCCACGAAGUCUCUUCUGCAGUUCGAAUAUUUUAGGCGCGCGUUCGCGUCUCAGAUGUCUUCAGAGGCGUCGGCACACCUGCCAGGGAAACCUGCCUCUGCCGGGUCUUUUUCGUCCUUCUUUCUGUCGAUUCGGCGCCCUUUCGCUUCCCCUCGUCAUCUCCGAGUCCACAAAAAGUCGAUGUCUCCACACUUUGAAGAUUACCACGCGACGUUGGCCUUCACCAUUCUUCCUCGUGAUGGCGUUCUUGCCUAUUCGAGAGCCGAUGAACCUUAUCGGUUUCUUUCUCUUUUUUCUCUCGCCGCUUCUUCCCUCUCGACCGAACGCCGAGUCCGUUGCAUGCGUCUUGGCUUCUGUCUCCUCUUCUUCUCUCUUCUCUGCUUCUCGUUUUCCUUCUUCCCGGCGGCCUUCGUUUCCUCUCCGUCUGGGCGUCGGACCCGGCUUCUGAGUGUCGCGUAAGGAUGGCGUGGUGGCCAGCCUUUCUGCGCUGUUCGAGUUGCAGCAAGGUCCUUCUUCCUCCGCUUUUGUGUUUCGUUCGCUUCCCCUUCGCGGCGCCACUGCUCGCUUGCCUUUCUCGAGGCUGCUCGCUCGCCGCUGCGUCGCCGCCGCCCCUCGUCCGGUCUGGCGCGGCGUGCCGAUACACCCGAGCUGUGGGUCGGCCAGCCUCCGCGCUGCUCCGCGGCUUCCCCGCUGCUCCACCGCUUUUGCGAGUCUCUGCUGCGACGCCGCUGAGCAGUCCGGCGGCGCAGUAUCGGAGAGACUCUUUUUCUCUCGCUUCGGACAUUUCUCCCUUUUGCGAGUCUGGACUUCUCUUCCCUCCACCGCCCUCUAGUGUUCUCUCAACCACUCUCGCGUGCUCUCUCGCGUCUGCCUCGCUUCGCUGCUCUUCUCGUCCUCGGUGCGCCCCUCCAUCGCCCGUCUUUCACUCUUCUUCUCCGCCUCUCUCUCUCCUCUCUCUCCCCUCUCCCCUCGCUCCCUUGUCCGCGCUCGUUUCGCCUUCAGCCGCUUCGGCUUCGCUCUCUCGCUCGUCUGCUGCGGUUGCAGGCUUGGCUCCUCCAGUCAUGACGUCCUCGUCGCUCGGCCGCUGGCUCCGACGCGCCUUCUCUUCCUCGGUCUUGCCCCCCACACUCGCGUCUCCUGACGGGAGUCCACCUGCCCGUCCGGCCGCGGCCGCCGCGUCGAUGCCUCCGACGUCCUCGCCUUCGCCUGGCAGCUGCGACUCUCCGCGGCUCUCUGCCACCGCGAGUAUGCUGCGAAACUCCGCAGCCUGCGACGCAGCCGGCGAACCGUCCGGCAGUCGCGCUGCGAGCGCGUCGAUUCGCAGGGCUGCUACUCUGCAAGGCAACGACGGAAGCGGGGGCGGCGAGUCGCAGCCGACAGGCGAAGGCGAGCGAGAACCGGAGAGAGGGCAGGCGACGCUGACGAGGGCGGAGAGCGCAAAGGGACAGAAGCGCCAGAGAGAAACGAAGCUGCUGCGAGAAGAGUCUACGCGGCCUCCGACCCCGGAGGCCGUGGCGGCCGUCCACUCUCACGCGCCGCCGUCGGAGUCGACGUCCGCCUCCUCGCCGAUCUCGCCUUCUCUCUCGCCUUCGCCGCAGUUCGGAGGCAAGAACCUGUUUUGUCAACUCGACGCGUCGCGGUCUUGGCUCGACGUCCGGAAGCUCAAGAGAGACGUCGAGUCUCGCAUGCCCUCUCGCCGCGCUGAGGAACGCAGCGAAGAAGCGCAGGGGCGUGAUCACGCAGAAGAGGCGGAAGGCCCACAGUGGAGACGCGACGAGGACGGAGAGACAGAGGACGCAAGUGCGGGGAGAAGGAAGGCCGGUCUGGAGGACGAUCGGUCGGAAAGGCAAGACGCUCAUGGAACAGACAGUGAAUGGUCGAUGCGCGUCAUGACCUUCAACGUCCUCGCCGAAUCUCUCACAGACUACAAAUAUCGCAGUCUGGACCAAAACAUCGUCAAGUGGACGAGCAGAGUGAACGUGAUCGAAAGCGAAAUUCGCCGGCAUCGACCGGCGAUCUGCUGCUUGCAGGAGCUCGAUGCGACACACUACCGGAAGCGCUUCCUUCCGUUUUUUCGCUCUCUCGGUUACGAGGGCGUGUACAAGCAGAAGACGCAUGGUCGCGAAGAUGGCGUCGGGACCUUCUGGCUGAGAGACCGCUUCGAACUCGUCGAGCAACGCGGCAUUGAAUUUCGGCAUCACAGCAAAAGUUUGAUUGACAAGCCGCAAGUGGGUCUGGUGGUUCUUCUCCGAGAGCGCGCCGCUGCGCCAGCAUCCGAGCCUCAGUGCGUUCUGCCUCGCUCACACUCAGUACCUGCUGAGAUGUCUGCGUAUCCGCGCCCGUCUGCUCGCUCUUGUCUGCCGCCGCGGAAGCCAGCAGUGGCUCGACACGUCAGCUGUCCACAAGCUGCGUCUCCCGCGCCCUCCAAAGUUUCCUCGAAGCGCCGGCGCGAGGCAGCGGCGGCCCCGACGAAUUCUCUCCCGUCGAACUCUUCCGGUUCUCGCGCAGACAGAGGAGACAGUUGCCCCGGCGCGAGACCCGCCCAGAGUGUGCCACGUAUGGUCGUCGCCGCCAACACCCACCUGCUUUUCAACAGCCGCCGAGGGGAUGUCAAACUCGCCCAGCUUCUCCUUCUCCUCCAAGCAGUCUACGAUCUGCGGCGACGAGGCCUCGGCCUCCUGAGGGCGGAGCUGCAGCAGGCCAGAGACAGAGAGGCGGGGACGAAGAGACAGUUCAGCAGUGAACUGCGGGCUUCUCGAGCGGCGCCCGACUCAGACGGGCGUGUUGUCUGUCAACAGACAGAGGGGUGUGUGGGGUUUCAGGAGACAGAGGGAUGUGUGGGGUUUCAGGAGACGGCGAGGGGCCCUUUGAGUGCAGGCGAGAGAGCUGGACGGAGUGUUUCUCUCUCUUCUUCGAUGGAGUUGGCGGGGAAAAGCGAACAAGUAGAAGACGAUGAUUUGGCGCAAGCUGAGACGCUGCUGGAUGUCCUCCUUUGUGGAGACUUCAACUUUACUCCCCAGUCUCCUCUCUACCAACUCGUCCUUCGUGGAUCCUUCGACUUUUCUGGUCUCGACCACCGAAAACUCUCAGGACAAUUCCUCAUGGAACGGCACACGUACCGGAUGGACGCGGCCGGCUACCAAGGCAGGGGCGCGACCGUGGUCAGCUCUCCGCGAGAGGCGCAGGUGAUGACCAGCUUGGACCCGGGGCCUUUUUUCUCGGCUAGCCAGACGAGUGCUCACUUCCACCAUUCGCACAGCGUCCCCGGCGGGAUGGCGGAUCCCGGAGAGGCGUCGGGCUGCGUACGCACCCAGGCGACGGCUGGCGUCUCUUGCGCCGCGCAUGCUGGAGCGUCGACCAGCUCACAGUGGUUGCAAGACCUCUACAAGGUUCUCGAAAACACGCCUGUGUUUGACACGCUCCAGACGCCAGGGCUGAGCAGAACGGCUUCGUCGCCAGGCGGUGCCAAGGCGCAGGGCCUGAACCACUGGAAGCCGGCGCUCAGAUCCAGUGCUGUCAUCACGCUCCCUCUCCGAUUCAACAGCGCUUACGCUCUCCCGACCCUAGGCAGUGAGAGUGACGAGACAAGACGCACAAACGGGGAAAAAGAACAAGCGGCAGAGGCCUCGACCCAAAAUGUACCUCAAGUGGUCAUGGAGGAGCCGGCCUUCACCGCUUACCACGGAUGGCAAAAGGGCUGCAUCGAUUACAUUUUCUACCAUUCAAAGUCGCUCGACGUUGCGCGCAUCUACCAGCUGCCAGCUCUGGCAAACGCCAAGUCGUACGGUUGCUGUCCAAACAAACUCUGGCCGUGCUCGGACCAUUACUCCUUGGUCACGGACUUUGUCAAACGCUCGUAG